AUGAAGUGUACAGAUGAAGAGAAGGUGGAGUUGGCUGCAUAUCAUCUUCGGGAUCAAGCCGUCACUUGGUGGGACAUGCAGAAGUCGAUCUUUGGGGAACAACAUAUCACGUGGCAGAUGUACCGGGAGGCAUUUGAGAGACAGUAUUUUCCGAUUACAUUUUGUCUAGCUCGUCGUCAGGAGUUUCUGAACCUUAAGCAAGGCGACCGUUCUGUGAUGGAGUAUAAUGCAGAAUUUAGUAGAUUGGCCGAGUUUUGUCCUCAUUUGGUGGCUCAGGAUUAUGAUCGGAUGCAUCAGUUUACUCAGGGAUUGGCGGCAUACAUACGACUCAAGAUGUCCGGAUUUCCCGGUAGUUCUUAUCGAGAGGUCUUAGAUCGGGCAUUAUUCAUUGAGAUGACUCAGCAACAGGUGAAUAUGGAAAAAAGUAAUAAUACACAAGUGACACAGAAGAAAGAGAAAAGAGGUCAAAGCUCACAAGUUACUUCAGGAGGGUCCUCUCCACCGCAGAAGACAAGGCGAACCUCGGAUGGGGGUUCUCGUUCCUCUCAGCGAGACCAGAAGAAUAACUUUGGAGGGAUCAUGUGUUUUCAGUGUGGCUCCAAGAGUCAUACCAGGAAUGAUUGCCCGUUGGAUCACGCUAUAUGCUUCUAUUGUAAGCUUCCGGGGCAUGAGAGUCGAAAUUGCACUCUGAAGGCUCAAUUAGAGACGACUAAAGAGACCACUCAGGGAGGGCGACCCACCCAGCCACGACAGCAGAAGGGACCUCAGAGGACUCAGAACGUUUCAUAUCAGCCGCAACUGCCGAGACCCCAGGGAAAAGUGUACCAUAUCCAGGGUCAGGAGUAUCCAGUGAUGCCAGCGACCACGCAGUACUCUACUGCAGCGUCCCCUUACUAA